AUGGGCUUGUCAGGAACCAGGCUCGGGGUUUUCCGCGCAUAUUUCUUCGGGUUUUUUGUCUGUACGGCCGGUUUCCUGUUUGGAUACGACACUGGAAUUGUUGGUGGUAUCCUUGAGUUCAAGUCCUACGUUGAUGAUUUCGGCUAUACGGAUCAAACAACUGUCAGUGCUGUGAUGGUAAGCUUGCAGAAUGUAGGUGCAUUUCUCUCGGCCCUAGGAAUUUUCUGGGUGUCCGAACGGUACGGGCGAAAGAGAACAGUCCAGGCAGCCAUGACUGUAUUCUGUCUCGGUGUGAUUUUACAGGUAGUACCGUCACACUCACUCGUUUGUUUCUAUAUUGGACGAUUUGUCGCCGGUCUAGGUCUCGGUGCAGGCACUGCGGUCGUUCCAGCAUACAACGCCGAGAUGGCACCCAAGGAAAUCCGAGGCAAGCUAGGUUCAGGAAUGCAAUGGCUCUUUGCACUGGGUGUCAUGCUAAGCUAUUGGAUUGACUAUGCCGUGAAGCUCACCCUGCCUGUCUCUUCGAAGCAGUGGCAGAUUCCCGUUGGUCUCCAGAUGGUGCCGGCUGGAGUUCUUGCACUGGGCCUUUGUGUUAUGCCGGAAAGUGUACGCUGGUUAGCCAAGAAGGGUCGUUUUGAUGAAGCAUGGCAAAGCUUGACAUGGAUGCGAGCUAGUCAAGGUCCCGAAGUGAAGGCAGAGUUCAGUGAAAUCCGAGUUGGACUUGAGAAAGAGCUGCGAGCCACCGAGGGCUUCGACAAGCGCGAACUUCUCGAGCCCGCCAACCGCUACAGACUGCUGCUCGCCGUUUUCAUGUUCUGUGGUCAACAGUGCACUGGCAUGACCGCCCUUGCCUACUUCGGCCCUCAGUUCUUCAAACUGUUGGUCGGCAAUAACACGAACCAGUCCCUUCUGAUCACUGGUCUGUUUGGCGCCGAGAAGUUCAUCACUGUUGGCAUCUAUAUCUUGUUCUUCUCCGAGAUGUGGGGACGUAAGCCAACUCUUUGGAUAUCAGCUCUGUUGAUGGCUGGUUGCUUCAUUGUCGUCACAGUCGUCAAGGAAACCACGCCAGAGCCCAAUGCAAAAGCCACUCCAGCUGGUGUUGGCAUGGUCGCUCUGAUAUUCUUGACCAACUCGAUCUAUCAAUUCAGUUGGGGCCCAUUGCCGUGGCCAUACACCUCCGAGAUCUUCCCAACCCGAAUUCGAGAGAUUGGAACCUCGGUCGCAGUCUCAACGCAGUGGCUUUUUAACUUCCUCUUCUCCCUAGUGACGCGCUACAUGAUGAAUUCGUGGGGCAGUUAUGUUUUCCUUUUCUAUGCAAUUCUGGAUAUCAUCAUGGCAAUCAUUGUCUUUUUCUUUGUGAAAGAGACGAAAGGUAAGAGCCUUGAAGAGAUGGAGACUAUAUUCCACAGCAAGGCUGCAUUUGAUGUUGAUGCUGUCCGGCGGGACGCGCGUAAGGAUGUAGUUGCGGACCAUUUUUACUGCCAUCUUUGCGGCGUGAGCUUCAAUAUCAUCUUCCGCCUAACAUCUGGGGAGCUGGAUGUGCCUAGCUCUCAAGACGUCCAAGACCAGUGCGACGAGACAGACGGGGUUGAUUCUGCAGAGAAUGACGACAUCGCUCAAGAUCCCGAUUAUCAAUCUCAUACAGAAUACGAGGAGAAUGAGCCAUAUGAAUAUGACUCUGAUUACGAAUCAACCGAAGGCAUGAGCCAAGAAGAAGAAGAAGAAGAAGAAGAAGAAGAAGAAGAAGCGCCCAACAGCGAAGAUGGCAGAGACAGCAGUACCGAUGAAGAUGAUGACACCGAAGAUCAUAUGUACUACAAUUGGGUAUUGCAAACUUUUAAUCCAUGGAGCGCCACGAGGGGAGAAUCCCAAUUGCACGUUGGGUAUUUUGAUAGUCCAAUGUCAGGCUACUCGGCUGAUGCUAUCUCACCCGAAGAGGCAAGAGGCUGUCGCACCGCCCAGUUCCUGAUGCAUAAAACCACUCCAAAGGAUCAAUGGCAGGGUGACCAGCUACAUGAGCCCUGGGAGAUUAAUGGAGAUUGGUCUUUGUCGGGAAUUUGCGAUGGAACGCCGUCGCGUGAUACAGACAUCCCAACGGUCUGGCCCGCACGGAAUGGGAUACAAGAUAUAGAGACGGACAAUGUGAAACUUCGAGGAGAGACAGCAUCGGAUGAUAUAGCCAUGCCAUUCCAUCCGUGGUGUUUUGAUAUCUUUUGCCGACAAUCCAAAGUUCAAUUUCAACGCAUCAAUGUGACAGGCCUCAUGACCUGGCGUAAUGCCGAGUUUGACUGGGGUGCAUUUGUAUCAUUCCCUCGAGCCAAAGAGGUGAAAAGAUCACAGGAGCAGUGGUGGUCCCAUGAGCCGGGUACUGAAUAUCUGGUUGCCAAUCCUCUUUAUGUGCCCAGGCUACCCGAGCUACUUCUCUCCGCGACCAACACAGAUGGAUUGCCUUCCUCAUCUGACCCAGCUUAUGGGAUUGAGUCAUCUCGACCCGUGACGAACCGCCCUACCACAUCUCAUGAUAGACAGGCCGACUGUCUCUCUUCCCUUCCUGUGGAAAUUCGGCUCAUGAUCAUCGAUCAUCUAGGCUCUAGGGAUGUAGCUCAUUUAAGCAUCGCGUCUAGGACAUUCACUGAGCUUCCAAACAGUGUGUGGUAUAGAUUGGUACGCAAAGAGAUGCCCUGGCUGUGGGAAGCGUGGGAAGAAUCUGAAUGCAUACACAAUCCUCUGCCCUGGACAGUCCUAACGGCAGCCGAUAUCAAGUGUAUCGUCAAAUCGCGGAGUGACUAUGCACGGCUCUUGGUUGAAGAUUCUUACACAGAGCUUGCUGCCGAGAAAGUUGCUGGGUACCGAUUUCCGCUCCCGGUGACUAUCCCGGAUCAAGUGCGAUUGCCUAGACUGAGUACUGAGUGGCGUCGUGUCUUUAUGCAAAUCCAACUCAACUGGAAUGAGCUCAAGGGGUUGCGAAAUCGACAACGGAUUUGGGAGGAUGUGGAAGAAAUUGUGAGACGUAUUCGCAAGUUCGAUACAUAG